CUAGUAUGAAGCAAUAAAUAACCGUCACUUCCUCUUUUCGGCCUCUUUAUUUCCGAGGGAGUCGAGGUCUCCAUACGGCGUUGUUUUUUUGCUUUCCCAUCGUUGCUUGUUUAAGGGAGAGUCCACGAUGUCCGGAGGUCUUGAUGUCUUGCAGCUCAAAGAGGAGGAUGUCCUCAAAUUUUUGGCUGCAGGGACCCACCUUGGUGGAACAAACCUGGAUUUCCAAAUGGAACAGUAUGUCUACAAAAGGAAGAGUGAUGGCAUCUACAUCAUUAAUCUGAAGAAGACCUGGGAGAAGCUACUUUUGGCCGCUCGUGCAAUUGUGGCAAUUGAAAACCCAGCUGAUGUCUGUGUCAUAUCUUCUAGAAACACUGGGCAGCGUGCCGUUUUGAAAUUUGCUUCUGCUACAGGGGCCACAACCUUUGCCGGACGUUUCACUCCUGGCACAUUCACAAAUCAGAUUCAGGCUGCCUUCAGAGAGCCCCGUCUCCUCAUAGUGACUGAUCCCAGGGCUGACCAUCAGCCACUGACAGAAGCUUCCUAUGUAAACAUACCCACAAUUGCUCUGUGCAACACUGACUCCCCACUACGCUAUGUGGAUAUUGCUAUUCCUUGCAAUAACAAGGGUCCUCAUUCUGUUGGAUUAAUGUGGUGGAUGCUGGCUCGUGAAGUACUCAGAAUGAGGGGCACAAUUUCUCGGGAACACCCCUGGGAUGUCAUGCCUGAUCUGUACUUCUACAGGGAUCCAGAAGAGAUUGAGAAAGAGGAGCAAGCUGCUGCAGAGAAGGCAGUUGGCAAAGAGGAGUUCCAGGGUGAAUGGACUGCCCCAGUGGCUGAUUUUGUUCAACCAGAAGUGGCAGAUUGGUCUGAGGGUGUGCAGGUACCAUCUGUCCCAAUCCAGCAAUUCCCAGCUGAAGACUGGAGUGCAGAGCCUACUACACAGGACUGGUCAGCUGCUCCGACUGCUCAAGCCACAGAGUGGGGGGGAUCGAAUACAGACUGGUCCUAA